CGUCGUGUACAACARGACUUGAACGAUACGAUUAAUAGCUAUAGGUCCAUGUCGUCCAAGAUACGAGAGCUCUGUAAAGAUUUCUGGGGCUACAGCACUCUACAUGGUCUGCAUUUCUUGUUCGAUUCGCCAUGGACUAUUCGUAGAGCUAUCUGGUUUUUAUUGCUAUUGGGUUCAACAUAUCUAUUCGGCUUACAUGCUCAAAAGGCUAUCGCUAAAUGGAAGAAGCACGAAGUUUACAUAAUGACAAAGUUUGAACAUGAAAAGAAAUUGCGGUUCCCCGCUGUUACGAUAUGUAAUAAGAAUACGUUAAAGAAGAGCAAAAUACAAGGGAAGGACGGACAGCUCUGGCUAGAUGGACAAAACUUUAAGCUCAAGAAAGACUGGCCAAAAAUCCACAGCMAAAUAAACGCUUCGUUCGACAUUGAGAAGGAAGUGCUUGCAAAUGGUCAUCGUGUAACAGAUAUCAUCAAGGAAAUGAAGUUUUCUGCAGAUUGUCUCAAAUUUACCAACAGUACCAAGAGCUUUUUUGACUUGAGAUUAGGACUCUGCCACACGAUAAAUAUUAAGACUACGAUGCGCAAGCUUGGGGAGGUUUAUGGACUGGCACUGCUGUUAGACACCGAGUCUCACGAAUAUUAUGGACCAUACAGUUGGGAUGGCACUGGGUUCAAACUCAUGGUCCAUGACCCUCGUAUUUUUCCCGUGAUGGAUUUGUAUGGUAUUGAUAUCCCUACUGGAUUUAGAACCAAUCUCAGAAUUCGAAAAAAGAAGAAAAUCCAUUUACCAGAGCCUUAUCCAGCCARRUGCGGCACAAAGAAGCUUAAAAGUUCAAAUGUCUACUCUGAAACUAGAUGCUUGACGGAGAAAUAUGCUAAUGAAAUAGAAACAAAAUGUGGAUGUCGUUUAAUUGGAUCACCUAUUAUCAAUGAACAAAGUAGACUUUGUGACAUCAGCGAGACUACGAAUUAUGACUAUCAUCUAAACUAUCGUCAACUUAAUAAGCCUGAAAAACAACCAGAUUUAAACCAUUUCAUCAUGUCGUCCAAGAUACGAGAGCUCUGUAAAGAUUUCUGCGGCUACAGCACUCUACAUGGUCUGCAUUUCUUGUUCGAUUCGCCAUGGACUAUUCGUCGAGCCAUCUGGUUCUUAUUGCUGUUGGCUGCAAGCUGUAUCUUCGGCUAUCAAGCUCAUGAGGCUUACAUGAAGUGGAAGAAACACGACGUUUAUAUCAUGACAAAGUUUGAAACUAAAAAGGAAUUAAAGUUCCCCGCUGUUACUGUAUACAGCAAGAAUUUGCUAAAAAAGAGCAAAAUACUUGGGAAGGACGGACAGCUCUGGCUAGAUGGACAAAACUAUCAAAACAAAAAAGACUGGCCAAAAAUCCACCGCAAAAUAAACGCUUCGUUCGACAUUGAGAAGGAAGUUCUUAUAAAUGGCCAUCGUUCAAUAGAUGUCAUCAAAGAAACUAGAUUUGCUUCGUUGUGUCCAGGGCCCCAAAAUAACGUAACGAUCGAGAGCUUUUUGGGUGCGGGAUCAGGUUUGUGCCACACCAUUCACGUCAAGAACAUGGUGCGUAAGCUUGGGGAGGCUUAUGGAUUGUCACUGCUGUUAGACACUGAGGCCCACGAAUAUUAUGGAUCAUACAUUCAGGGUGGCGCUGGGUUCAAACUCAUGGUCCAUGAUCCUGAUAUUUACCCAGCAAUGGACAGAUAUGCUAUUGAUAUUCCUACCGGAUUUAUAACGAAUCUUAGGAUUCGAAAAAAGAAGGUAUACAUUAUGUCAAUAAAAAAAAUGAUAAUCAAAACGAUCAAACACUCAAAGAAAAUUGACCAUUAG